UGACGAUCAUGCCCGUCGCCAUAUUUUAUCCGAAUACGUUAUUUGGGAUCGUCGUCAUUGGUCAAUCUUCUCGAUUGUUGCUGAACGAAUUGUUGUCUCGUCAUUAUUUCUCGUUGAUCAUCUCGCAAGAAAGCGUUUAUACAAUCAAUUUCUAUUGUUUAUAUGUAAAAUACGACGUAACUGUCAUGACGACCGCUUUGUAUCUGGAGCACUAUCUCGACAGUCUCGAGCAUUUGCCAAUUGAAUUACAGAGGAAUUUUACACUGAUGCGUGACUUGGAUGCAAGAGCACAAGGUCUGAUGAAGGAUAUCGAUAAGUUAGCAGACGAUUACUUAAGGAAUGUGAAAAAGGAAUCGUCAGAGAAAAGGAAAGAACAACUUGCUCAUAUACAGAGUCUUUUCAAUAAAGCUAAGGAAUAUGGUGAUGAUAAGGUUCAAUUAGCUAUUCAAACUUACGAAUUAGUCGAUAAGCAUAUUAGACGACUGGAUUCAGAUCUGGCAAGAUUUGAGGCAGAGAUACAAGACAAAACAUUAAAUAGCAAUAGAGCACAGGAGGAAAGCAAUGCCAGCAAGAAAGGUAGAAAGAAACUCAAGGAGAAGGAGAAGAGGAAAAAAGGUGCGGUGAGCAGUGAAGAUGAGUCAAAAAAUCUGAGAAAGAAGCAGAAAAAAGGUGGCUCUGUAGCUUCAGCGUCAUCCACUGGUGCUGUGGGAAGUGGUGCCCAGGUAGAUGCAACAGCCCUUGGUCAUCCAGCCGAUGUUCUGGAUAUGCCUGUUGAUCCUAACGAACCAACUUACUGUCUUUGUCACCAAGUAUCAUAUGGAGAAAUGAUUGGUUGUGAUAAUCCAGAUUGCCCUAUAGAGUGGUUCCAUUUCGCCUGCGUAGGUUUAACGACAAAACCUAAAGGAAAGUGGUAUUGUCCCAAAUGUACACAAGAUCGUAAAAAGAAGUAAACUCUAGAAAUAUUUGACUCUACUAAUUGUCAUUUAUUUAAAGAGACUAAUGCAUAAUUUUUUCAUAUUGAGAGUAAAUUAACUUUUACAUACAAAAAUAGAAGAAUUAUGAAAGAGAUAUAGAAAGAGAGAAAAACUGCAUUUUUAUUGCAUCUAAGACUGGUAACGAAACAAUUCUUUCGUGAUGUGUAUAACAAUAAAUAUGCAAUAUACAAACACAAAUCGUUAUCGCUAAACAACGUUUAUAAAUAAUUUUUCUAAAAACGAUGUUUGUUAUUUGUUUCUUAUCGUAACAGAACAGAACUACAUAUUGCAAGUUUUUAUUUUUAAAUGUAUCAGUCGAUAAACGAUUUUUUUUUAAUCAAAUGAAUUAUUAUUAUUAUUAGUCUUAGACGUAAUGGAAGCAAAAUUUGGAUGUAAUUCCAUCACAGACAGAAAACAUUUUGAGAAUCGGCCAUAAUUUCGUGCUGUCACUUUAUAUUCUUUUUGUAUAUUAAAAAAUAAUUUAUUGGUCAACUACGUCGCGCAUAAGAAUUGCGUUACAUUUUUGCCAUUUUUUUUUCAUGGUCGUUUCUUGAAUAUAUAUCUGUGAUUUCACUCACUAAUAAUCGACUCGUAGUUAUAAUUAGAACAUUAAAUUAUUAACGUUAAUAUAUACUGUUUUUAUAUGUUACGAAAUGUGCAUUGUAUAAAAAAAAAAUAUAUAUAUAUAUAUGAAGUAAACUCCUGUUGAAGAUGAAAGAUGUAUUAGCAGAAAUAGAGAAGAAUAAGAUGAAUUAGAAAGAUGAAUAAAGUACAGCAAUAUGAUA